GAAGGUCAAGCUGAGUGUCAUCCUCCGGGGGGGAGUUGUACCCUUCAUUGCCCCAGUGGCACCAGGUCUGUCCGUCUAUGAGCCCGACUGCAGUACAACAAGCUGACACUGGUGUGCGCACUGCAGCUUCCACUCCAUCCAACUCCCAUCAGGAGUCAAGUAAGCCGAUCCCCACAGAGCAGCCUCGACUGCCGUAUUCAGAGAUCCCAGCUCUCCCAGUUCCUGUUUCCGCCGCAGCCUUUCUACUCAUUUUCUGGAGCAACAAAUCUCGGGUGCCGCUGCGUCAGUCCCGGUCUCCGCAGCCCCGGUCGGAUGCCGCUGGAAGCCGGUGGAUCAUGUCAAGGCAACAACUCCAAUAACAGAAUCUUGUGGGCCUGGAAGGAAACAGCGAGACUGUGUGGGACAAGCUGGUCGACACGGAGCUGGGUGGAGGAGAGGAGACACCAAACAGGCUGCUACAACACAGAUAUCAGAGCAUGCUAGCCAUGCUUUAGCACACGCAGGAAAGACUGGUCGAUCGCUGGAGAAACGCGCUGCCUUUUCUUACAUACUCCUGAAACACAUCGCCAUUCUCAACUGCCAUUUAUUGUACACCAUCCCUGCAAAGAUGCCGAUGCCAAGGUUGGCGGUGUGGCACUUGUGGUGACGGAGCACAGAGCGUGUGCGCACAUCCGGCAGGCAGGCCGGCGGGUUGGUGGGUGUACAGGCACACCAAGAGGCGUUUGUGGGUGGGCGAGGUUACACCAUGCGGCCCUGGGCGGGUUCAUGGCGUUGGAUUACCCUGGUGCUGUUAGCCUGGGGCACGCUCCUCUUCUACAUCGGCGGUCACUUGGUGAGGGACAGCGAGCACCCAGAGCGGUCCAGCCGGGAGCUCUCCAAGAUCCUGGCCAAGCUCGAGCGGCUCAAGCAGCAAAAUGAAGACCUGCGGCGCAUGGCCGAAUCGCUCAGGAUACCAGAGGGACAGGCAGAAGCCGGGUCCCUGGCUGCAGGGAGACUGCGCUCCCUGGAGGACCAGCUAACCAGAGCCAAACAGAAGAUCCACAGCUUCCAGAAACUCACUGGCGACGGCCCUGGGCCCACUCAGGAGGAGCUGCGGAGGAGGGUGGAGAACGGCGUUAAGGAGUUCUGGUACUUUGUUCGCAGUGAGGUGAAGAAAUUGGCCAGCGCUGAGCCCAGCGAGAGGCAGAAGUACGCCGACACGCUCCUGCAGGACCUGGGACACCAGGAGAGGUCCAUCAUGACAGACUUGUACUACCUCAGCCAGGCGGACGGAGUGGGCGAGUGGAGAAUGAAGGAGGCUAAAGACCUGUCGGAUCUGGUCCAGAACAGAAUCACCUACCUACAGAACCCCCCAGACUGCAGUAAGGCGAGAAAGCUGGUGUGUAACAUCAAUAAGGGCUGCGGUUAUGGCUGCCAGCUCCACCAUGUCGUCUACUGCUUCAUGAUCGCUUAUGGCACCCAGCGCACGCUCAUCCUUGAGUCCCACAACUGGCGCUACGCCCCCGGCGGCUGGGAGACCGUCUUUCUGCCUGUCAGUAACACCUGCACCGACCGCUCUGGGGCCACCACUGGACACUGGUCAGGAGAGGCCCACGAUAAGGAUGUGCAGGUUGUGGAGCUGCCCAUAGUGGACAGUCUCCACCCUCGGCCUCCCUACCUGCCCCUGGCGAUCCCUGAGGACCUGGCCCCACGCCUGCACCGUCUGCACGGCGACCCCUCCGUCUGGUGGGUGUCCCAGUUUGUCAAGUACCUGGUGCGCCCACAGACGUGGCUGGAGAAGGAGAUCCAACAGACCACCGCCAAGCUGGGCUUCAAACACCCCAUCAUCGGAGUCCAUGUGAGGAGGACGGAUAAAGUGGGGACAGAGGCGGCCUUCCACCCCAUAGAGGAGUACAUGCUGCAUGUGGAGGAGCAAUUCCAGCAUCUGGCCAGACGUGUUCAUGUCGACAAGAAACGAGUUUACCUGGCCACUGACGAUCCUUCUCUGCUGCAGGAAGCCAAGACCAAGUAUCCAGACUAUGAGUUCAUCAGUGAUAACUCCAUCUCGUGGUCGGCAGGCCUUCACAACCGCUACACUGAGAACUCACUGAGAGGAGUCAUCCUGGACAUUCACUUCCUGUCUCAGACUGACUUCCUGGUUUGCACCUUCUCCUCACAGGUCUGCCGUGUGGCCUACGAGAUUAUGCAGACGCUGCAUCCAGACGCCUCUUCCUUCUUCUACUCUCUGGAUGACAUCUACUACUUUGGAGGUCAAAACGCCCACAACCAGAUCGCCAUCUACCCCCACCAGCCGCGCAACAGCGAGGACAUUCCCCUGGAGCCCGGAGACGUGAUCGGCGUGGCCGGCAACCACUGGGACGGGUACUCCAAAGGCAUCAACCGCAAACUGGGCCGCACCGGCCUCUACCCUUCCUACAAGGUGAAAGAGAAAAUCGAGACCGUGAAGUACCCGACGUACCCCGAGGCGGACAAACUGCUCAACUCUCAAAAGAAGUAAAAAAAAAAUGAAAAAAUAAAAGAAGAGAAAGAGUGAGGAGAAACACGCAGACUCCGAUUCCAGGGAAGGAGGCUGCUUUUGUACAGAAAAGAGAGGCGUACUUAGUGUGCUAAGCUGGGAAGAAAAGAAAAAGCCUGUACCCAGGGGUGAUAAGAAUGAGAAUGCACUCUGUGUGUUUAUGUGAGAGCGUGUGUGUGCGCGCGAAUGUGUGUGUGUAAAUGCCUGUGCAUAUGUCAGGUCAUGGAAGACUUGCACCCUCUACCACUACUCCCCCCUGCCCGCCCGGCGCUCUGACGUCGGCUCUGUAGAGAUGUAGACAUUGAUUUUAAAUAAAGCAAGAAAACAAUUAAAAUCUACACAACUGACCGAGCUCACUCUCGAGACUGGGACUACUGUAAGACUGGCACACCCCCGGAGUGAGCUUCAAAUCAAUGACUGAAAAAAAUUGACAAACUGGAAAAAAGUGUUUUGAUUUUUAUUUAAUUCUUUUCAGUGGUUUUGAUUCUAAUCUUGCCUUUUUUUCCUCCUGAUUUGUUUUUGUUUACUGAAUGUACUGUAUCCUCUUCUUGCCAUGCUCACCGCUGCCCUCCUCCUCCUCCUCCUCCUCCUGCUCCUCCUGCUCCCCCUGCUCCACUCACUGUGCUUCCUCCAUCUCGUCUCUACAUGUGCAAUUAAUUUUAAAAACCAUAUUGUGCUUUUAUCAAGUGUUUUUAACGGUCUUAAUUUUGUGCGUAUGGGGCUUGUGCAUUGUAUACUGUACAGUGUGUGUGUGUGGACGGAUGCGUGCGCGAUCAAAGUGUGCCUGCGUGUUUAAGUCUAAGGGGCCAUGUCACGACCUGGUGCCUGAUUAAUGGUGAGCAGUGUGUGUUUUUAUUUCUGGCUUUCCUCCUGACUGAAUCGUGUUUGUGUGGCCAGCAGGAGACUGGCGGUGACAGCGGGGACUGUCCGCAGUCGCCCCCUCCAGCACUUGGAACAAUGGUGAACUCCAGUCACUCCCACUGGUGACCUCUAGUGAACAAUGGUAAGAUUAUGUGGAGUAUGGUGAACUCAUGGUGCACACACACACACACAAACACAGGAGCCGUCCCGAGGCUCACCAAAAAGAAGCACUCCACUGAGAAAAUGUCCUUUUUUCGGCAUCUCUGCUGUCUCUUCUGUCCAUCUGUUUGUUUUUUUACUUUUAACAUUGCUGUUUUAAAAUAAAUGAGGAAAAAUAUGUUUAAAAAUGAUAAUGCUAUCAAACUCAGAGUCCCCCAUCAUGAAGGCUUUUUUUCAUAACUUAUGUUCUUGGGCAUUGUCUUUGAUAACCACAGAUCGAAUAAACUUGAGAACCAACAUA